CGAGGGAGAGAGAGAUUCCCCAGUUCCUUUCCCCACCGAAACAUUCUUACUAUUUCUUAGUUAGUCAUAAACUAAAGUAAUGCUCUAUCCAACCAAAAGAUGAAAUAAUAAUGUCCGAGAGAAGAGAGUAAGAGGAGCUUUGUCUGGAACAGGUGAUAAAAUAAUGGAGUCGGAGAUGGAGAUGGAGGAAAGAAAUAAACCGACUGCUAUCUUCAUGGCCUUUGGUACCAAAGGCGACGUUUAUCCCGUCGCUGCAAUUGCUGCAGCGUUUGCUUGUGACCAGAAACAAUACAGUGUUGUCCAGAUAACUCAUUCAGCACACGAGAACUUAGGUCAUCACUUGGCAGAGAAACAUGUUGCUUAUUAUCCAAUCUCAUCACCCCCUGUUCUUUCUUCUGAUCAAGAUCAUGAGACUACUACAGGACCAGCCUCCCUGGAGUUAUCAUUUUUGCUGCAAAAAAGAAUAGUUAAAAGAGAACAUAGACAGGAAUGCUAUUCUGUAGUUCAGAGAAUAUUUGGAUCUGGCCCAAGCUUGGAGGGUGAUUUCAUUGCGAUAAAUUUCUUUGCAUUGGAAGGGUGGAGCCUUGCGGAAAUGUUCCGUGUCCGUUGCAUAGUUGUGGCUCCAUAUGUUGUCCCCUAUAGUGCUCCUUCAUCAUUUGAGCGCCAGUUUAGAAAAGAAGAACCUCUUUUAUAUAGAUAUCUCCAGGAAGCUCCCAUUAACAAGGUAUGUUGGAAAGACGUCAUUCAUUGGAUGUGGCCUCUUUUCACUGAAAAUUGGGGAUCAUGGAGAUAUGAUGAUUUGAACCUGAGUCCUUUCCCUUUUACGGAUCCAGUAACAGCUCUUCCCACAUGGCAUGAUAGACCUCCAUCUCCCCUUUUAUUGUAUGGAUUUAGCAAAGAAGUUGUUGAAUGCCCUGAUUAUUGGCCUUCGACUGUCCGAGUUUGUGGCUUUUGGUUUCUGCCUAUAGAAUGGCAGUUCUCAUGUAAGAAGUGCAGUGAAAUUUCAGCCCUUGUUUCUUCAGGGCAUCUGCAGAUAAAAGAUGUACUAUGCUCAGCUCACCUUGUUUUACGCAAUUUUCUGGAGGCUCCAUCAACACCGCCUAUUUUUGUUGGGCUGAGUUCUGUUGGAAGCAUGGGUUUUUUGAAGAAUCCUCAAGCAUUUCUUCGUGUUCUUCAGACUGUAAUAGAGAUCACUAGUUACAGAUUUAUUCUUUUUACAGCUGGCUUUGAACCUUUAGCUUCAGCUGUCCGUAUGAUUGCUGCAGAAGCAUCGUCACAUUUAAGUCAAAGACAACUUAGUGAAGAUUGCAUCUCUAUCUUUGAUGGUCAACUCUUCUGCUUCACUGGUUCCAUGCCAUACAAGUGGCUGUUUCCACAAUGUCUGGCUGCAAUUCAUCAUGGUGGCAGUGGAGUAACUGCUGCUGCAUUACAUUCGGGAAUCCCACAGGUAGUAUGUCCGUUUAUACUAGAUCAGUUCUAUUGGGCUGAGAGGAUGUUUUGGCUUGGAGUUGCACCAGAACCACUGAAUAAAGGUCACUUGCUUCCGGAUAAAGAUGAUGUCAUUAGCAUCCAAGAAGCCGCAACUGUGCUAUCAAGGGCCAUCAAUAAUGCAGUGUCUCCUAGAGUCAAAGCAUGUGCAGUAGAAAUUGCUGGCAGAAUUUCUCUGGAGAACGGAGUCUUGGAGGCCGUGAAGAACCUCAAGGAAGAGCUAAGUUGUCCGCGUUAAGAUCAUCCAACUAGUUUUGUUCUAUACGACUUAGUCUUUGCCCAUUAUUUUGAUUUUUGUGAAUCGUUCCUUUUCUAUUUUUCGUCGGCUUGGGGCUGGUCUCUGUUAUUUGACCCAAAUACAUCUUACAAGUAGUAGAGAUAUAGACACAACCUCACUGUAUUUAAUGUUGCGGGACCUAGUUAUUAUAUUAUUAUAUUUAUUCCUCUUCGAAUUGUCUGGUAACAAGUCAAUCAAACCUGCAUGUACUCAUCCCACAAUAAAAGUGACUGCAUUUUAUGGUCUUUUUUUAA